CGGAAAAACAAAAACUAAUGCAUCUCUGACCAGCAAAUGAUCACCAGAAUCUUUUGUGAAGUAGUUACUCUUACUAAAUAAAUCACUUGACCUUUAAUCAUUGAAAGAGAAGAGGAAUGUGUACAGUUGAGGAAAAUAACAUAAAAAUAAUGAACGGAAUUUUUGUAAGAUGAUAAGUUUAUGUAAGCCAUACGUGUUCUCUUUGGUGUGUAGCAUUAUGCAACCCCUCGGCAGUAUAGUGACUAUUUUCUACUGAUGAACUGGUAUUGCUUUCUCACAACUGUUAAUGUGUAUUGAUUUUAUGACAAGUCUAGGGUACUGUUUCAGGGGAAAAUCUUCUUCAGAGCCAGAGAUGGGACUAAUUCAGUAUGUGUUCCUGACCCUGACUGUGUCUGUUUGGCACAUCUAUGGAUACAGUAGCGGGGCCCCUUCAUUCACCUGUCCCAGCAUGAUGCCCUCCCAUGGCUCCUUUAAGCCAAAGACUAACCCAGCCAGAUACUACCAGAUCACUAGCAGUACUAGCUCUUAUACACCUGGAGAAUCAGUGUCAGUGACUAUAACAGCCCUGAAUGGAGAGCAGUUUAAAGGGUACCUAAUAAGAGCCCAAGAUGAGGGAACAGGAAAUCCAGUGGGAACCUUCAGAAUUGCUCAAGGAGGGAAACUCCAGUGUGGCCCCACAUCAAACGAAGCAGUGACACACACCACAGGAGCUCUGAAGACAACAGAAACAUUUACAUGGAUGGCACCAGCUAAUGCCAUUGGAAACAUCGUUUUUGUGGCAACCAUUGUCAAAUCCUAUAAAGACUUUUGGACAGAUGUUCGCUCCAGUCCUGUAAGUGUUGCGGUCACCACCCAAGAGACAACCACAGCUCUGGACACCACAAAAGUGACUGCCACCACCAAGCUGGUUACCCCCACUACAGUUUCUGAGGUCACUGAAAAGAGUACAGAGGCUGUAGUUCCUACAACAAACUCAUCUGUAACCUCUACAGCAAAGUUGUCUACAGAUAGUGUAACAAAAUCAUCUACAACAGCAGAAACAACACAGGCUCCAGUGACGGGGGCUUUGAUGAUGGACGCCAGAUGUGGGGAUACCUGGGGAUGUUUUGUAAACUGUCAGGGGACAGCAUGUCAGUAUGUAGCCUCGUGGCACUACCACCCAGAUUACGUCGACUUCUCCAUUGAACGAGUAAUACUGGGGGGAGGGGGAGGACAAAAAUGGGUGGCUAUAGGGUUCUCUGAUGACAAGAAAAUGGGUCAUGAUGACGUUUUACACUGUAUAAGUGAUGCUGCUGGUCAUGUGAUGGUGGGAAGGUCAUUCAACUUGGAGACCAGUAAUCAGCCGAUCCAUAAUCCACAUGAGGGUAUAUCUAGAACCACCGGAUCAUACAGAGAUGGAGUAUUCAGGUGUUCCUUUAGAUACUCCCAGGUAUCUGACCAGAGCAACAAAAGGAAGAGACAGGCCACCACACGACCAAUGAUAGAUCUAAGUCAUCAUCGUCACAUCAUGCUGGGGGACGGACAAGCAUUCGGAGAUAUGCUAGGGAUGCAUACAGUGAAUCCUGUUGUUACACCACAUUCAGUGGACAUCAGAUCCACAAAUAUAAUUGGUGAUGUGGCUAGGUAUCCACUUGUUAAAGUUCAUGGUUGCCUGAUGAUUCUGGCCUGGAUUUUUUGUACUGGUGUUGGUCUGAUUUUUGCUCGUUUCUACAAGCCUGUCUGGUCUGAUCGCACCAUCCUUGGACUCAAAGUCUGGUUUCAGUUCCAUCGUGGUCUUAUGGUGACAACUCUGGUCUUGACUCUGGUUGGAUUCAUCAUCAUAUUUGUGGAAGCCAAUGGUUACAGCAAAAUUUCUGCUCCAAUUGGCAAGGCUUACUUACAGAGUCAUCCUAUACUUGGUAUUAUCGUCACCAUCUUAGUAGUGGCCAAUCCCGUUAUGGCACUGUUUCGGCCCGGCCCAAAAGACAAAAAUCGUCCAAUUUUUAACUGGGCCCACUUAGCUGUGGGCAUGGCUGCUCAUAUACUUGCAGUUAUCACUAUUUGUUUUGGUGUUGAGCUACAAAAGGUUGGGGCACCCAAAUACACAGUCUACGUUGUGGUAGGAUAUAUUGUUUACCACAUCCUGAUGGAGAUAAUGCUAAAAUUAUACGACUUAUUUGCUGAUAGGCAAAACACAGCUAGAAUAGAACAGAUGGAGAUGAAAAAUGGAAAUGGAACAACAUUAAAUGGAAAUUCCUUUAGACCAGAGGAACCAAAACGAGAUCCAAAGGACAGUACCAUUAAGAAGCUUCUCCUUGUAUUCCAUGUUGCCAUAGUAUUUGCUUUCACACUAACCUUGUUGCUAUUAGUAACACAGUACUGAUAACAUUAUGAGAUUGCUGGAAAAUUUCACGUUAUAGAUUAAGCCAGUUUACAUACGGGGAAAAAGCAACGUGACCAUAAAUCUGACAUCAGAUGCUUACUAUGCAUUUGUUAAGUCAGUUAACCAGGCUUUCCCAAGUGUGUAAAACUUAAACAAGUACUUUGUGCCAAUUACCGAUUUUAUUAUAUAAUGAAAAUGAAUAUAUAUGUAUACAUAUAUGUACUACCACCUGGAGAUUUAAGAUAUGGCAAAAAUGUAUAUCCUUAUAAAAAAAAGUCUGCAGUAUUUGAUUUAUAUACCAUUUCUAUGCUGAGUACUUACAUGUAGCACGGAGAGUUUUUUUUAUGAGUUCAGCAUAACCUCUGACUUCAAAUCCUUCUUCAUAUGUAGAUGUUUACAGGGUCAUCUCCCUUAUUGUUAAUGUACUUGGUAAAAUUCCUGCCAUUUUCGGUUCUAUAUUGAGCUGUGUAUGUUAUGUGCCUUUAUCAUCACUUUGUAUACUUGUAUGAGGGGACAAGUAGACACUAUUAUUUUAUAACAUGACACAAAUUUAGGGAUUGUGGGCUUUAUUGUGAUAAAAAUUGUCUUGAACAUUGUAAAACAGUUGGCAAGUUAUGUAGGCUGCCGUGAAUGGAGACCAUACUUCAUUUUGUUCAUAUUAAAUUAUUAGAUUUCCAUAUUGUCAGCACCGACAAAGAAAGCUGCCAUCUGUGUUCACACUUGUAUAUUGUCUAACACUUACUUGCUUACAUUAAUUGCAUCAUCAUUUCAAACAUUCUCAAUACUUUUUUAAUAUUUCAGAUAUUUCAUUUUUGUUAUUUUUCACAUGAACUUCAUUAAAUAUAUUUUAACUUGUAUGCUGUAAUAUUUACAGGUAUUUUCUAUUCAUUCUUUGUUAUUUUUUGCAAGAACUUCAUUACAUGUAUCAUAAACAAUUUUAUCCCAUGUUUACCCCUUUAUCCCGUGGAUAUGACUUAUUGGAUAAUUUUUUCCUAUUCCACAGUUAAGUGCAGUUGUGACGUCACAAUGGUUUUUGCGUUAGCGUGAUGAAGUAAAAUAAAGUGGAGUCCUAUAUAAAACAGUGUCAAACAUUGGUUGUGAAGUAUUGAACAUGGGAUAAAAAGAAUCUCCCAUGAUUUGUAGUUGGAUACAACUUUUAUCCAACUCGUGUGUUUUUAUCCCCUCGC